UCGUGAAACGGAUCUUCGUCUCUGCUACGUAUUUAGCGUACGGCGACUUCAUCUAGGGAUCGUCGUCGUCUCUCCCGCUAGGGCUCCAUUGGUUACUACUUUGUGAUCGCCUUUGGUAAUCUAAUUAUCUAUAGAUCUGUCUUUUAGCCUUUGCAGUAGAUAAUUUUUCCUGGAUUGGACUCUUUGUUUUGUGCGAAAAGAAUGGCGGGAGGAUUUAGGGUUCUGCAUCUUGUGAGGCCGUUCCUGGCGAUCUUACCGGAGGUGGAGUCUGCUGAUCGGAGGAUACCGUUCAGGGAGAAGGUCAUCUACACCGUGAUAUCGCUAUUUAUAUUUUUAGUCUGCAGUCAGCUUCCCCUUUAUGGUAUCCACUCAACUACCGGAGCGGAUCCGUUUUACUGGAUGCGUGUCAUCCUUGCUUCGAAUCGGGGAACGGUGAUGGAGCUGGGAAUCACUCCUAUUGUGACGUCGGGGCUAGUCAUGCAGCUGCUGGCUGGAUCUAAGAUCAUCGAGGUUGACAAUAGCGUGAGAGAGGAUCGCGCUCUGCUAAAUGGUGCGCAGAAAUUACUUGGCAUCCUAAUUGCAAUUGGAGAAGCAGUGGCUUAUGUACUUUCAGGGAUGUAUGGUAGUGUCGGCCAGCUUGGUGCUGGUAAUGCUAUUCUUAUUAUUCUUCAGCUCUGCUUUGCUGGUAUCAUUGUGAUCUGCUUAGAUGAACUUCUCCAGAAGGGAUAUGGCCUUGGAUCUGGUAUUUCACUUUUCAUAGCCACCAACAUUUGUGAAAAUAUCAUUUGGAAGGCAUUCAGCCCUACCACCAUUAACACUGGGAGGGGUGCUGAAUUUGAAGGUGCUGUUAUUGCGUUGUUCCAUUUGCUUAUUACCCGCACCGACAAAGUUCGAGCUUUACGAGAGGCUUUUUACCGGCAAAAUCUCCCAAAUGUGACCAACUUGCUUGCUACGGUUCUGGUUUUUCUUAUUGUUAUAUAUUUCCAAGGAUUUCGUGUGGUUCUGCCAGUGAGGUCGAAGAAUGCCCGGGGACAACAAGGCUCUUAUCCUAUCAAGCUAUUUUAUACCUCGAACAUGCCUAUUAUACUACAGUCAGCGCUUGUUUCAAACUUGUAUUUUAUUUCACAGUUGCUUUAUAGGAGAUACAGUGGAAACUUCCUUGUAAAAUUGCUCGGCAUAUGGAAGGAAUCUGAAUAUUCUGGUCAAUCUGUUCCUGUUGGAGGCAUUGCUUAUUACAUUACAGCACCAUCAAGUUUGGCAGAUAUGGCUGCAAAUCCAUUCCAUGCUCUUUUCUAUAUAGUUUUUAUGCUGUCAGCAUGUGCACUUUUCUCAAAAACUUGGAUCGAAGUUUCGGGAUCAUCAGCGAGAGAUGUGGCUAAGCAGCUUAAGGAACAACAAAUGGUGAUGCCAGGCCAUCGAGAAUCCAAUCUACAGAAGGAGCUAAACCGUUACAUUCCAACUGCAGCUGCAUUCGGAGGUAUGUGCAUCGGAGCCCUCACAGUUCUUGCAGAUUUCAUGGGAGCAAUUGGUUCUGGAACUGGUAUUCUGCUUGCCGUAACCAUCAUAUAUCAAUAUUUUGAGACUUUCGAGAAGGAGAGAGCCACCGAACUGGGUUUCUUCGGUCUUUAAACUCUGCCACCACCAGGUUUGAUAGUUUUGAAAUUGUAAUCUUUCUUUAUUACCUCACCUUGGCGAAGAACCAGUAGGCAGCAUAAGAUAUAAAAGCCGUUAAAAUGGGGUUGCAAUGAGGCAUAUAGAAUAAUGACAGUUUUAUUUCAUGAUUGUAAGCAAUUAAUUGCUUUUA